CUGACUGUAUGUUUUGUGUUCCACAGGAGACACAAUAUGCCCGAGUGGCAUGUUCAGGUGUCCGGAGGGCAAGUGCAUACCCGCCCUUUGGGUGUGCAACUACCAGCGCGACUGCGAGAAGGGCGAGGAUGAGUUCCAGUCUUGUCCGCCGCCGGAGUGCGAGGCGGGGCAGCUGACUUGCGGACAGUACGUGUGGAACAAGACGUACUGCAUCCCACCGCACUACCGCUGUGACAUGCAGGUGGACUGCGUCGACGGCACCGACGAGGCAGACUGCACAUACCGCAAGUGUCAGACUGAUGACUUCCAGUGCGGGAUGGAAGGCGCCGGUCCUGGCAAGAUCUCAUCUCAGGGACCCUGCAUACCUAAGGAGAAGAAAUGUGACGGGUACUUAGACUGCAGAACAGGUCGCGACGAGCAAGACUGUCCGGGCCAGCAGCUGGCCUGCAGGCUCGACCAGUUCCGGUGUGCGGCUGGCAACAAGUGCGUGGACGCCUCCGUCAAGUGCGACCACAAGGACGACUGCGGCGACAACUCGGAUGAAGCACAUUGCAGCUUCCCACCGUGCCAUAUUGGGCAGUUCCGCUGCAGCAACGCUCUGUGCAUCCCCGCGACGUAUCACUGCGACGGUUACAAAGACUGCUCCGAUGGCUCGGACGAGGCUAACUGCACCGCCAUCGCCUGCCCCGACAACAAGUACCUCUGCCCCAAGGGCGGGCCGGGCGGCACGCACAAGUGUAUCGCCAGAUCACAGCUCUGCGACGGCAAGAAGGACUGCGAAGAUAAUGCUGACGAGGAGACUGCUUGCUCAACGGCAUCCUGUCCGGCUCUGGAGUGCGAGUACAAGUGCGUGGCGUCCCCUGCGGGCGGAGCCUGCGCCUGCGCUGCUGGGCUCACGCUGGCGGCAGACAACAGGACCUGUGUGGACCGGGACGAGUGCAAGGAGUGGGGAUACUGCCACCAACUCUGCAUCAACACGCCCGGAUCGUACAAGUGCGCAUGUGCGCCGGGCUACACGCUGGUGGACAGCGGGCGGUGCUCGGCGGUGGCGUCGUCCGCGCCCUCGCUGCUGCUGGCCCACGCCGGCGCCGUGCUGCGCAUGGACCUGCACGGCCGCGCCCCCGUCACCGUCGCCAAUGCCACCGCCGCGGCCGGACUCGACUACCACUAUCGGAAGAAUCUGCUGUUCUGGUCCGAUCUUAAGACAAGAAAGAUCCACUCGCAGCAGCUGAGCGUGCCCGCUGGUGUAUCCAGCUACACGGGCACUGACAUCACGGUCGCCGGCUCCUGGGCUCCGGUGGCACUAGCCGUGGACUGGGUGGGCGACAAGCUGUACGUGGCGGACGCCAUCGGGCAGAAGAUCGAUGUGUUCGAGCUGGACGGACGCUGGCACGCCGUCGUGCUGGGCUCCAACCUUACCAACCCGGCUGAUCUAGCACUAGACCCCACACUGGGACUCAUGUUCGUCGCUGAUAGCAGUCAGAUCAUCAGGGCAAAUAUGGAUGGAACACACUCAAAGGCGAUAGUCUCGGAGGCAGCAUACAAAGCUUCUGGUAUAGCUGUUGAUAUCAUCGCACGAAGAGUAUUCUGGUGUGACUCGCUCCUGGACUACAUAGAAACUGUGGACUAUGAAGGUAACCAUCGAUUCCUGGUUCUUAGAGGCCAGCAGGUGCCCAGCCCCUCCAGACUGGCACUGAUCGAAGACAGAGUCUAUUGGUCGGACAACACGAAACAAGGAAUAAGCUCUGUAAACAAAUAUGAAGGACCGUCCAGCAUACAGGCUAUAUACAAAAUGAAGGACAUCAGAGAACCGAAGGCGAUCACUGUGAUCCACUCGCUGAAGCAGACCUCGGUGAACAACCCGUGCGGCACCAACAACGGCGGCUGUUCCCAGAUGUGUAUCGUCACGGCGCUGCAGAACGGAGGGCUCGGGUACCGCUGCGCCUGCAACAUCGGCUACCGGCUUGAGACCGAUCUAAGGAAUUGUGAUCUUGUUAAGGAAUUCCUUAUGUAUUCCCAGCAGCGGUUUAUCAAAGGAAAAGUCUUGAACCCUGUUAUUGAAGGUUUCAGUGACGCUAUUCUCCCAGUUGUGUCCAAGAGGGCCAGAUUUGUAGGACUAGACUUUGAUGCGCGGGAUGAGCACAUUUACUACUCCGAUGUGUUACAAGAUGUGAUAUACAGGGUGCAUCGAAAUGGAACAACGAAAGAAAUUGUCUUAGCAUCACAAAACGAAGGAGUAGAAGGAUUGGCAGUCGAUUGGGCUUCUAAAAACCUUUACUAUAUCGAUUCCCGGAAAGGUACGCUAAACGUUUUAUCGACAAGAAAUGUAGCUUACAAACGAACCUUACUGAAAGACUUGAAGAGGCCGCGUGCCAUAGUGGUACACCCUAACAAAGGAUUUAUAUUCUUCUCGGAGUGGGACAGACCCGCCAACAUCAGCAGAGCGUACACAGACGGCACCAACUUGUUAGUGUUCGAGAAUGUCACACUUGGCUGGCCCAAUGGUUUGUCUAUAGACUUCGAUGCGGAUCGUUUAUACUGGUGUGACGCCUUGCUAGACCACGUCCAGCACUCUAAACUCGACGGCACGGAUGUCAAGACAGUCAAUUCGAGACUCAUCAGACAUCCGUUCUCCAUCGUCAUCCACAAAGAGUUCAUGUAUAUCACUGACUGGAGACUUGAUGCCAUUGUACGGUUGCAUAAGCUGACUGGGGAACAAGAAGACAUCAUGGUGCGCGAGCCACAAACGAACAGACUUUACGGAGUGAAAGUGUAUAGUGAAGAGAUUCAGAGGAUAGAUCCCAUGCAGCCAUGUUCUAGGAACAAUGGGAACUGCCAGAAACUCUGUUUCGCCGUGCCCAGAAACAACACGGAGCUUUUAACCGUCAAAUGCGGAUGUCCUUACGGAGAAAAGCUCGCUCCUGACGGCACCAGCUGCAUCGCCGACCCCAACUCCGAGCCUCCCGUGCAGGCUUGCCCGCACUCCUGGGACUUUACAUGUAACAACCAGAGAUGUAUUCCCAAAAGCUGGGUGUGCGAUGGAGAUGACGAUUGCCUGGACAACAGUGACGAAGAACAGAAUUGCACCAAAACAACGUGCAGUGCCUCAGAAUUUAUGUGCAAGUCUGGUCGCUGCAUCCCCGCGACGUUCAAAUGUGACUCUGAGAACGACUGCGGCGACUUCUCUGACGAGACCGGGUGCGUGAACGUGACGUGCUCGUCGUCGCAGUUCCAGUGCGACAACGGACGCUGCGUGCCCAACACAUGGAAGUGCGACUCCGAGAACGAUUGCGGCGAUGGCUCCGACGAGGGCUCACACUGUGCUGAGAAAACUUGCGCUUACUUCCAGUUCACAUGUCCUCGGACCGGACACUGCAUCCCCGCGUCGUGGGUGUGUGAUGGAGACGACGAUUGCUUCGACAAGCAGGACGAGGCUGACUGCCCACCUGUAUCCUGCCUGGCUAAUCAGUUCAAGUGCGCUGACCUUAAGCAGUGUGUUCAGGAGGCGUACAAGUGUGACGGUAUCCCGGACUGUAACGACGGUAGUGACGAAGCGGGCUGUCCGUCGCUGGCGCCGCACCAGUGCCAGCCGGACAAACAGUUCCAGUGCAGAUCCUCGGGUAUCUGCAUACCCACUACGUGGUACUGCGACGGCACCCCAGACUGCGAGGACCUGUCGGACGAGCCGGCGUCGUGCGGCACGGUGUCGUGCGCCAACAACUACUACCGCUGCCACAACGGCCGCUGCGUCUUCAAGGCCUACGUCUGCGACGGACACGACGACUGCGGGGACGGCUCCGACGAGGGGCUCGAGCACGCAUGCAAGCCGCCACCCUUCAGGUGUCCCUCUCAUCAAUGGCAAUGUCCAGGGGUCACAGGCAGAUGUGUCAACAUCACUCAAGUUUGUGACAGUAAAUUUGACUGUCCCAACGGCGCGGACGAAGGUGCCAGCUGUGAUUUCGCUGAGUGUGAACACCAAGAUGGUCUAUGUUCUAACGGCUGCAAACAAACUCCUAACGGACCACUGUGUCUGUGUCCUCCCGGGGAAGAGCUGGAUGUGGAUGGCUCCAACUGCAAAGAUAUCGACGAAUGUAAUCCGCCAGGUCUCUGCUCACAGACCUGUACCAACACUAAGGGCUCGUACGUGUGUUCCUGUGUCGACGGGUACAUCCUCACCAUCAAUAAUCACACCUGCAAGGCAAACAACCACUCCAGCGCCUUCCUCAUUAUAUCCAACAGACAUUCCAUCUUAGUAGCUGACCUCAAUGAACAAGGCCUAGAAAGGGUCCCAAUAAAUGUAGAAAAUGUGGUUGCAACAGCUUCUAACAUGCACACCGGAACUAUAUUUUGGUCCGACAUGAAACUGAAAAAGAUCUCCCGGUUAGAUCGCGGCAGCGAGCCCCAGGUAAUUAUAUCGACUGGACUAGACCUCGUUGAAGGGCUGGCGUACGACUGGGUGGGAGGAAACAUUUAUUGGUUAGACAGCAAACUCAAUACUAUCGAAGUAGCAAAAGAAGACGGCAGUGCCAGAACAGCCUUGCUAAGCGGUAACAUCACACAACCAAGGGGAAUGUGUUUGGAUCCAGCUCCCAAUGCCAGGUGGCUGUUCUGGACGGACUGGGGAGAGAACCCUCGUAUUGAAAGAGUGGGUAUGGACGGUACACAGCGGUCAGCUAUCAUCACUACCAAGAUCUACUGGCCGAACGGCUUAACUUUAGACACCGCCACACAAAGAGUGUAUUUCGCAGAUUCCAAGUUGGACUUUAUUGACUUCUGUUACUACAACGGCACAGGAAGGCAACAGGUGCUGGCCGGCAGCCACUAUCUUUUGCAUCCUCAUUCCUUAACUUUGUUCGAGGACACACUAUAUUGGACAGACCGACAAUUGAACAGAGUAUUGUCCGCACACAAAUUCAAAGGAUCCAAUCAAACAGUGGUGUCUCACCUGAUCUCUCAGCCUCUGUCCAUCCACGUGCACCAUCCCUCGCUGCAGCCACUGUACACGUCUCCCUGCAAGAAAGACUCGUGUCAGCAUCUUUGUUUACUCAGUCCUAACAAGACAGUAGGAUAUACAUGCAUGUGCAAACCUGGAUUUAAACUGUUACCGGAUGGCAAAUGUGUGGAAGAGGAAGCUGCAUAUCUUAUGGUGCUUAAAGGAACACAAGUGAUAGAUUUAUCAACAGAUGGAUCUGGCCGAGCUGGACAACUUGCUCCUAUAGUGGGCAUUCAAGGUGGAGUCCAGUUGGACUACGACAGGCAAGGACACAUGUUAUACUGGCUGCAGUCCAUAUCCGGCGACAGUGACGACGAUGAGAACUGUACCAUCUACAGUAUGCCCUACGGCGGUGGUAAUAAAGUUGAGUUCUUUGGGUCCGACACCGGCAUUGUUGGAGCACCUUCCUCCAUAGCGUUCGAUUGGCUUGGAAGAAACUUGUACAUGGCAAACAGAGUAGCCAGUAAUAUUGAGCUGGUCAGAGUCGACGGCAAAGUGAAGUAUAGGUCUAUUGUAAUGGCUAAUGACGGUAGCAGAGCUUCCGUAGCUAAACCACGAGGGAUUUGCUUGGAUCCUACCGAAGGAAAAAUGUACUGGUCCGACGAAGGUGGGUUUGGAGUUCCAGCAAAAAUUGGUAAAGCUAACAUGGACGGCUCUAAUCCUAUUAUCUUGGUUGACACAAUCGAAAGGCCAGAGGCAGUCACCAUCGAUGUAGAAAAGAAGAUCAUCUAUUUCAGCACCCAAUUCCCGGCCAGCAUCAACAGUGUUAAUACUGAAGGCAAUGAUAGAAAAACCAUCUUAACUGAAACUAAUGCUAUUUCUUACCCUAAGGUCAUAGCCGUACUUGAUUCAAGGCUAUACGUCCUAGACCCUCUACAUGAAAAGAUUAUCAAGGCUGAUCUACCCAACGGUGACAAUAUUAAAACUGUAUUAGACAAUGAGAGCGAUUUGAAAUCUUUCACAAUAUUCCAAAAGAGGAAAAUGGUGCACCAUCCUUGCUCCCAAAACAAUGGCGGAUGUGAGCAAAUCUGUAUUCCUGGCGACGGUGGGUCCCGCAUCUGUGCGUGCUCAGUUGGCUAUAGAAAGGAGAACGAAAUCAACUGUGUGCCUUAUAAAACGUUUGCAGUAGUAUCCCAACUAGAUCUGAUCCGCGGAUACAGUAUCGAUUCUAGCGCUGAAGCUAUGGUACCAGUCACCGGCGUAGGCCACCACAUACUUCACGUAGACGUCCAUUUCGCCGAGAACUACAUUUAUUGGGUGGAAUUCAAUCGCGGACAAUGGAACGGUAUUUUCCGUAUCAGACCAAACGGCACAGAACUGCAACAUAUUGUUAAAGAUGGUAUCGGUAGCAAUGGCAUCAGAGGUUUAGCCGUGGACUGGGUGGCUGGAAACCUUUACUUUACCAACGUCUUCCCUCAUGAAAAUUAUGUAGAAAUGUGUUGGCUCGACGGAUCAAACAGAAAAGUUUUAGUGAAAACCACAAUGGAUGCUCCAAGAGAGCUAGCCGUUAACCCUCUAAAGAGAUUAUUGUAUUGGAUAGAUUACGGCCAGUACCCAAGAAUCGGUAAGGCUUACUUAGACGGCAGUAAUUGGCAAACCGUUGUCAGCUCUGGGAUAUCUAACCCGAGAGAUUUAACCAUCGAUAUGUUGACCCACGACGUCUACUGGGUUGAUUCCAAACUUGAUCAGAUUCAAAAGAUUUCUUAUAAUGGCGGUAACAGACAACUAAUAAGAUCGAACUUACCCAACCCAAUGGGUGUCGCCAUCCACACAGGAAGCGUGUACUGGGUAGAUAGAAACUUACAAACUAUCUACAAAGCAUCAAAGUUGCCAGGAAACAUGUCAAUGCCUGAGAAAGUGAGAAUAAAUCUCCCGAAACUAAGAGACAUUGUUAUAUUUGAUGUAAACAAUCAGCCUACAGACGAAAACAACCCUUGUAGAAAACUGGGUAACGGAGGAUGUGACCAACUUUGCUUCAGUUAUCCACCAGAAGCUAACAAAGGCUACACGCAUAGAUGUGAUUGUGCCACAGGACAAAUCUCUGCUUCCAACCCAAAGAAAUGUGACGUUGUUGAUGAAUAUCUGGUAUUCACUACCAGAACCGAAAUUCGUGCCAUUAAUUUGGAUCCGAAGUCGACUGGAGUCCCAUUCAAACCAGUAGUGAACCUAACAAAUGUAGUAGGAGUUGAAUUUGAUUAUACUGAUAAUAAAUUGUUCUUUACGCAAAUCAGGCCAUGGGCUAGAAUAGGAUGGAUGUCUGCAAACAAUCCGGAUCCUUCUACCAUUCAGAAUAUUAUCAGUAAAGGCAUAAACCCUGAAGGAAUAUCUUAUGACUGGACACAGAAAAAGGUCUACUGGACAGAUAGCUCAAAUAACUCCAUCUAUGCCAUGAACCUAGACGGUUCCGAACUGGUAAUGAUUGCUCGAGUUGAACGCCCAAGAGCCAUAGUUGUUGAUCCUUGCAAUGGAACCUUAUAUUACACCGACUGGGGCAGAUUCGGAACUUCUGGUAAAAUCUACAGAACAACCAUGGCAGGAUCAUUGAAGAAAGCGAUUAUUGACAAGGACUUGUCACAACCAAGUGGAUUGACCAUCGACUUUGAUGAGAACAUGCUUUACUGGACGGACGCUGUCCGAGAAAAAAUUGAACGAUCGAAACUUGAUGGUUCUGACAGGGAAGUCCUCAUUAGCGCCACAAUAUAUCCGUUUGCAAUAACUGUAUUUGGCAACUACAUUUACUGGACUGACCUCCAGCUCCGUGGGGUAUAUAGAGCAGAAAAACAUACUGGCGCUAAUAUGAUUGAGAUGGUCAAGCGACUGGAAGACUCCCCUCGUGAUAUCCAUAUAUACAGUCCGAGCAGACAGAAGUGUCAAGUGAAUCCGUGCAAGAUAAGUAAUGGUGGAUGUGCACACAGCUGUCACCCUGCACCCAACAACACAGUCGAAUGUAAGUGUGAUGAUAACACCAAACUAGUGAACGAAGGAAGAAUGUGUGUAGCCAAAAACAUCACCUGUGAUGCUAGUAAAUUCUUCUGUGCUAAUGGCAAAUGUAUCAGCAAAAUGUGGUCAUGUGAUGGUGAUGAUGACUGCGGUGACAAUUCGGAUGAAGAUAAAAACUACUGUACUUACCAUUCAUGUUCACCUAGUGAAUUCCGCUGUAAUAAUGGCAGGUGUAUCUUCCAGUCUUGGAAGUGUGACCACGAGAAUGAUUGCAAAGAUGGCUCUGAUGAAGAGGGUUGCGUAUAUCCACCAUGUGCCGAGGGAGAGUUUACUUGUUUGAAUUCUCGUUGUAUACCAAUGUCUCAAGUUUGUAACGGCAUCAAUGACUGUAAAGACAAUAUUACAUCAGAUGAAACACAUGAACGUUGCCCGAUGAAUACCACUUGUCCAACAAAUCAUCUCAAAUGUGAAAAGACAAACAUUUGUGUCGAACCUUACUGGCUCUGCGAUGGAGAUAACGACUGUGGGGACAAUUCUGAUGAAGAUCCCCUACACUGUGCUCAGAGGACGUGUCCGCAAAACAGUUUCCGUUGUCCCAACCACAGAUGCAUACCUGCUACUUGGUACUGCGACGGUGACGAUGACUGCGGUGAUGGUGCUGACGAACCUCCAGAAUAUUGCCGCUCCGAAGGUCGAACUUGCUUUGGAGAUCUCUUUACAUGUGAUAACGGCAACUGCAUACCAAGAAUCUACAUUUGUGAUGGUGACAAUGACUGUUUGGACAACAGUGACGAAGACGACCGUCAUCAAUGUAAUGAGCGUAAGUGCGACGCUGAGACCGAAUAUACAUGUGAAGAGAACAAGUUCUGGCAACGUGCUCAAUGUAUUCCGAAAAAAUGGAUAUGUGAUGGUGAUCCCGAUUGUAUCGACGGUGCAGAUGAAAACUCAACUAUUCAUCACUGCGCUACACCUACACCAUGCUCUGAAGAUCAAUUCCAAUGUAAUAAUGGCCGCUGCAUUAAUGAAGGCUGGGUAUGCGAUCAUGACAACGAUUGUGGUGAUGGCUCCGAUGAAGGCAAACGUUGCAACACUCAAUACAAGCAAUGUACUGACCAAGAGUUCAAGUGCCAGAACUUCAAAUGUAUUAGAAAUCAUUUUAGAUGUGACGGUGAGGAUGAUUGCGGAGACCACUCUGACGAAGUCGGUUGCGUUAAAGAAAAUAAAACAUGUCCUGCAGGACAAUUCAAAUGUAACAAUGAUCAAUGCAUUGACAACAGGUUGGUUUGUAACAAGGUAUCAGACUGUACCGAUGACUCUGAUGAACCUCCUCAUUGCAAUAUCGACGAAUGCGCUAAAUUGGAGAUCAAUCAGUGCGGCCACAAGUGUAUUGACACACUGACCGGAUACUACUGUGAUUGUAAUCAAGGCUACAAGUUGCUAGCAGAUGGCAAAGCAUGCGCUGACAUAGAUGAAUGCAUAGAAACACCAGGAGUUUGUUCGCAAUACUGCUCAAACACUCCUGGAUCGUAUUACUGUAAAUGUAACGAACAGUAUUACGAAAGGGAGCCUGAUGAGCAUACUUGUAAACGAAAGGAUAAUACUUCUGCAUGGAUUAUAUUUACGAACAAGUAUUACGUGAGGAACAUGUCCACAGAUGCCAGUCUGUAUAACCUCAUGCAUCAAGACUUGAUGAACGUUGUUGCUAUAGAUUUUGAUUUCAAGGAACAAAGAAUGUAUUUCGCUGACGUUUCGGCUAAAACAAUCUACAGAUCGAAUUAUACAGAUCCCAAUCCCACCAAAGAAGUGGUCAUCAGACAUGACUCUCAUGGAUUAGAAGGCAUCGCAAUUGAUUGGAUUGGAAGGAAGUUGUACUGGCUUGAUAGGCAUUCCAAAAACUUGGAUGUUUCGGAACUAGAUGGUACCAGAAGAAAAACUUUAAAGACUGGUGUUAUAGACCCUCGAGCAAUAGUUGUGCAUCCUGGGACGGGUUACCUUUACUUUACAUCAUGGCAUUUGCAAGCGUACAUUGGUAAAUUGGGAAUGGAUGGUUCCAACUUCACUUCUAUUCUUAACUGGGAAGACGAUAUUGCAUGGCCAAAUGCGCUGACCAUUGAUUAUUUCACUGACAGAAUAUACUGGGCUGAUGCACAUUUGGAUUACAUUGGUUCAGCGGAUUUAGAAGGAAGACAUAGGCACGUUGUACUGUCUGGCUCGAAAGUACCUCACGUCUUUGCUCUUAGCCUUUUCGAUGACGAAAUUUUCUGGACUGACUGGAACCUCAAGGCAAUCAGCAAAGCAAACAAGCAUUCUGGUGAAAACUUGACAAUUUUAAGAAACACAACUCAUAGACCUUAUGACAUUCACGUAGUUCAUCCAUUGCGACAGUUACCAUAUCCUAACCCUUGUGGUGAUAACAACGGAGGAUGCUCGCAUCUAUGUCUACUUGCCCCACCACAUGCUUCCAGCUAUUUGAACAUCGAGGGUUACGGAGAAGAAGGUGCUACAACUUAUAAAUGCGCUUGUCCUAACCAAUUCUACUUAGCUCGAGACAUGAAGACUUGUAUCGCUAACUGUACUGAUGGUCAACAUAGGUGCAAUGGUCGUGACGAGAAAUGUAUUCCGUGGUUCUGGAAAUGUGAUGGUGAGAAGGACUGUAUGGACGGUUCUGAUGAACCCGAGACUUGUCCGACACGACACUGCAGAGCUGGAUCAUUCCAGUGCAAGAACACUAACUGUACCCCGGCUGCUACUAUCUGCGAUGGUACCGAUGACUGUGGUGAUGGCAGUGACGAAGCUGAAUGUGCCCACGAGUGUCCACUCCUCGAAUUCAAGUGCAAGUCCAGCGGCAGAUGUAUUCUUGACAGUUGGAAGUGUGAUGGCGACACAGACUGCAAAGAUAACAGUGAUGAAGAUCCAGCCAUAUGUCAUAAUAGACCUUGUAAUCCCGACACGGAAUUCGCAUGCAAGAAUGGAAGAUGUAUUCCCAAACUAUGGAUGUGUGACUUCGAUAAUGAUUGUGGAGACGAUUCCGAUGAGCCAGCCUACAUGUGUAGGCAAAAGAAUUGUACUACUGGAUGGAGAAGAUGUCCAGGACAAGCUAAUUAUAGAUGUAUUCCAAAAUGGUUGUUCUGCGAUGGUAAAGAUGAUUGUAGGGAUGGAUCAGAUGAAUUACCUGAAAACUGUCCAACCUGCAACACCGAGACUGACUUCACAUGCGAUAACAAACGCUGUAUACCAAAACAAUGGCUUUGCGACUUCACUGAUGAUUGUGGAGAUGGAAGCGAUGAAUCUGAAUCUGUCUGCCAGCAUAAGUAUAGAGAGUGUUCUGAAUCAGAAUUUAAGUGUGGCAACGGAAAGUGUAUCUCUUCGAGAUGGCGAUGUGAUCACGAAGAUGACUGUGGAGACAAUACGGACGAGGCUGAUUGCGGCGGCUUCAAGUGCAAGAAUGGAACAUUCCAGUGUAAAUCUGGACAUUGUAUUGCUGCAUACUUUAGAUGUGAUGGUGACAGGGAUUGCAGAGACUUGUCCGAUGAAAUCGGAUGUCCUCCGCGUUAUCCUGGUGGCAGAUAUUGCCCAGAGAGCAGAUUCCAGUGCGCAAAUAACCUGUGCGUUUCCCAGUCAGAUCUAUGUGAUGGAACCGACGACUGCGGGGAUGGUUCUGACGAGGCGGCCUCUAUAUGUACUAACUUUAACUGCGAUACGUUGAGACGAUUCCAUUGUGAUAAUCACAGAUGUGUACCUAGGUACCAAGUAUGUGAUGGUGUGGACAACUGCGGUGACGGCUCGGACGAGAACAACAUGACCCUGUGCGCGGCACGCGUAAAGCCGUGUGACCCUUACACGCAGUUCCAGUGCGCCAACAGACACUGCGUAGAACGUACACAACUUUGUGACUUCGCUGACGACUGCGGAGAUGCCUCUGAUGAGCUCGGAUGCCAUCACACGCACACCUGUUCGCAUCUCGAUAAAGGUGGUUGUGAGCACUUCUGUACCAACCUAACGCAGAUCGGUGGAGCGGGUGGCUACAUUUGUACUUGCUUCCAAGGCUGGAUCAUCUCACCCGCCGACAAGAAAAAAUGUAUCGACGUGGAUGAGUGCGCCGCGGGCACGCACCACUGCUCUCAAAUCUGUAACAAUCUCAAUGGAAGCUAUAGUUGUGAUUGUAGGGAAGGAUUCAAACUGGCAGAUAAUUUGUCCGGUGUGUGCAAGGUUGUAGAAGAUGACGUUGUUCUGCUAUUCGCGAAUGGACCAGAAAUACACGCAUUUGCCCAAGAUAAGAACGAAGAGUUUGACGUUAUCACUGCUGAGAAGAGAAUUGAAGCUAUCGACUACGACCCUAAGCACGAGAUGAUAUUCUGGGCGGAUAGUUACGACAAAACAAUAAAACGAUCGUACAUGAUCAACGCGCUUAACGGACAAGUCAAGAGCGGAUUUGCGCAGGACUUGAAUAUGAAAGGUAACUCCAAACCAACGGCAUUAGCGGUUGACUAUGUAGGCGACAACUUGUACUGGACGGAAACCGAUAGGACUGGUUCCAAACCACGAGGUCGCGUCAUGGUGGCGAGAACUGACGGCAGAUACCGUAGAGCACUCGUCUCGGCUGGAAUCGAAAGCCCAACCUCAUUGGUCCUCGACCCACAAAUGGGAAGAAUGUUCUGGGCAGACGCUGGCUCGGCUCCUAAGAUUGAAAUUGCCUGGAUGGACGGCUCGAAGAGGAGACCCAUUGUAACGGAGAACAUUAGACAUCCUACCGGUUUAGCUAUUGAUCAUCUGAUGGAUCAUUCCAUCUACUGGGCCGAUACCAAACUAAACACCAUUGAAAUGAUGAGACACGACGGUUCCAACAGAAAAGUCAUACUGAAGGGUGAUCUACUGAAACACCCGCUGUCUCUGGACGUCUUCGAAUCUUCACUCUAUUGGGUCACCAGAGAAACGGGAGAGCUCGUGAGACAAGAUAAGUUCGGACGAGGAGUGCCAUUCGUUAUAUCCAAGGAUCUAGUCAACCCGUCGGCUGUAAAAGUGUACCACCCGCGGCGCUACAACGUGUCGGCGCGCUCGGAGUGCGCACGCGCGCCGUGCUCGCACCUGUGCCUGGGCGUGCCCGCCGGCCGCCGCUGCGUCUGCCCCGACCAGCAACAGCCGCAGAAGCGGCUCACGCAGGAGCUCGCGUGCGACGCAGCGGUGGAGGCGGCGCGUCCGCUGCCCCGCGUGUGCCCGUGCGAGAACGGCGGCACGUGCGCGGAGUCUGCGGAGGGCGCGCUGCGCUGCGUGUGCCGCGCGCCGCUGCAGCCCCCGCUGUGCGCGGCGGCGGCGGCGGCCACGGCAGCGCGCGCCGCCACGGCCGCCGCCGUCCUCGUGCCGCUGCUGCUGCUGCUGCUGCUGGCGCUGGCCGGCGCCGCCGCAUGGUUCGUCAUCAGGAAGAGACCCUUCGGAAAGGGUGGCGGACUAAGCAGCCUGGCGUCCUCUCAGAGCGUGUCGUUCCGACAAGGCUCCAACGUGGAGUUUGGCGGCGUGGGGGGCGCGGGAGGCGAGCCUGCCUACACGCUGGAGGAGGCGCCGCGCAAGGGGAGAGACUUCAGCAACCCCAUGUAUGACGCCGUCACGCGCGCCGUCGCCGCGGGCGAGCCCGAGCCGCCGAUACCUGGCAUCUACGAAGUACCGGACGAGUUGAAAGACAAAGUGGUGUCGGCCGUGAUAUCGCCGUCGUCAGUGGAGACGCGCGGCGCGGGGGGCGCGGGGGCGCGGGGCGCGGGCGCGGCGCGCGCGCUGGAGCCGGCCGCGGACACGGGGCGCGACACGGCGGCGCUCGUGCGGGAGGACGCGCACUGCUAGCGCGCCCCGCGCGGCCCGCGCCGCGCCCCCGCCCCGCGCGGCCCGCGCCGCGCCCCCGCCCUGCGACUGUGCCCCGCCCGCCUUUACUCCGACCUGUCCAGACCUUUAGUGAAAUAAGUCGAGACUUUGGGUGAUACCGAGCGCGAGUGGGCCCGUCCGCCUCGGUCGAUGGAUUAAGGGACACUAAUAUAAGCGGUUGCAUUUUACCAACUUAAAUGGUUAUUGAAGAAAAGACACGAAAUAUUUUCCAAAAAAUGUAGCUAAAUUCCUUCAAAUAAAAGUUAAAACUGUAAAUGACAUAUUAUGUAAUAGUAUAUAAGUGUUUUGUAUUUGUUUUCGUGUAGCGGCACUCUGGGCCGAGUCACUCGCUCGCGCUACGAGCGAUGCAAGUCGCUUCUCUUUAAGUAUUUUUGUCUUUCCCCAAUUCUAUCCGUCCUUCUAGUUUUAGCCAUUAAAAUAAUUUAUUGAAAUAUUCUAUAUAUUUAUAUAUAUGUAUACGUAUGCCUGUUACUGUACUGUUUUCUUCUCUACAAAUAUAUCCCAGCUAGUUCUGGUCGUACUUAUGUCAGUAUUUUCCUUUAAGUUGUCUGUUACUUAUUUAUAUAUUUUGUGCUAAAAUAUAUCGUUUUAAAGCUAAAUCAACCAUAUCAUAGCGUGAUACGUAUGUUAUUGUGUGAAGAGAUUGUAAAACGUAGCGUAGGACUUGUACAUUCCAUUCGUUCGAGAGUAAGUCUAAAGUUUGACAGCGCGGUAGGUAACGGCUGAGCUGUUCGUGGCUCAGGGCCGACUAUGACUAUAUUCCUAACAUCUGUAUAAAUUAUGUUCACCUAGAAAUAAAUAAUGAAUUAGUACAUAAAUAAGGAACUAGGAAUUGUUGGUAAAGGCCGAGGGCGCCAUUUUAUAGGCUUUUAAAUUGAUUUGACAAUAAGCAAUACAUUAUAUUAGAGGAUAAUUUAUUUAUUUCGGUUUAAGACUAUGUAAAAUAACUAUGUUGUGUUUUAUAAUUGUCUAUUAAUCAUUAUAAUAUAUUCGUGGGACUCUGACGAUUUGCCAUAACCGUGUCAAAUAAUGUUUCUGUUGUUCUAAUGUCGAAGUGCUGCCGCCAUCACUUUGUUUUCCCGGAACCGAACCUUGGUCCGCGGCACUCGCAAGCGUUGUAAAUAGGUUCAAGCGAUCCAUUGUGAUGUACAUGUCAUAGGCCAAAUGUUAUGUAUAUGUAUAUUGUAUUUAUUGGAGACAUUAUAAAUAUGUACCAUACCUAUGUAAUGAAUUGUGAAUACCUAUAAAUAUCACGAUGUAUUGUGACAAAAAUCUCGAAUUGAUAAAUUGUAAAAAGUAUAGAGGUGUCAAUAUUACAAUGUUACGUAUAAGGAGAGGAAAUAUUUUUAUAUUGGGACUAUUAUAUAUAUAUAUUAGACAGUCGUCUGAGGUUACUUGAUGAAAAUA